AUGCGUCUUUACGCUUUGUCAGUCUCAUUGCUUGCUGCUAUCACUCUGCUGGCAUGCGUGAUUGCCUCGGCCGAUUCAAACAUGGUGUCCCAGAUGAAACGUCGCUUAUCUCAGGACGUGAGUGAAACGGAAAUUACUGAGCUUUCGGAAUCCAAGAAACCAACGGCGCAAGAUAUUGACAACGAAGAGAGGGCACAGCUUACACUAUUGAGUGAUAGUCAGGCGAUAGUUGCUGUUGCCGAAAAAGCUGCGCAUUCAUCACCGAAAGUCCUCGGUGGCACAAGCGCUCUUGCAACUACAAAAUUUGCUCUACAGAGCCAAAAAACAAGUCGUCUCCGACAACUUUUAGACAAAGUAAUGAAAAUCUCAGGUCUUCUUAAGAAGUUUCUCAACUUUUUCAAGAACAAGAAAACAAACACAGUCCCUAAGCUGGAGAAUAAGCCGCACAAUGCUUUUGAUACUGUGUAA